CCGGUGAGAGAACUUUCGCUUUCAACAUUUAAAAGCAUACAAUUUUAGUAUCAAUAAAGUAUUUAAUUUGUUAGGCAGUUUUAAUUCGGAGUAAGACUUUCAAUGGACAUUAGCAGACAAAGUUUACAUAAUGGAAAUAGUUUUUAAAAUACUUUUAAUUAUCAAAAUAAUAACAGUGACAGCCGAAAGUGAUUCAAACAAUGUGCACAUUUCAAAAGAUAUAUUAAGUGAAACGAAUAGCGCACUAUUAAGACUUAUUAACGAGAGGCGGUUUGAUGAAAAUUUAAUCAAAAAUGUCGAGAAAAAUACUGGCACCGUUAAUAAUUAUGAAGAAAUUACGGUGUUGGAGGACGGUGAAUUGAAAAGCUUAAAGUACAAGACUGCUAGACCGAUGAUACCAGUGAAAUUAAUAGUGCGUAAUGAAAGUGAUGUGACAGAUAGUGAAAUGGCAAAAAAACACAACAAACUGGACAAAACUAAAUCGAAGUUUUUUGAGGAGCUUGGUUUGAUCCCACAGACGUGUCGCUAUCGAGGAGCCAGGUAUUCCUGUGGCCUGAGUAUAUCCUGUGUCCUUGGAGGUGGCAAACCUCUGGACUUGUGUUCUGGAGGGAUGAUCUGGGCCUGCUGCGUCGACCGGGACACCACUGAAAAGCCCACGGAAAUUGCACCGAUUGUACAUAACGCCAGCGACCUGAUAGAAAUCAUCGGUUCGUUCCCUCACGACACAUACGAAACAAACCAAUUCGAAGACCCAAUCAUCAUAUACACGGAUACCCGGCCACACAAACCGGUCAUGGAACCUGAUAGACCGAAACCGGAUUGGAAUUACUUUCAUGUGAAACCUUCGUAUCACGAAACCACAACGGUUUACCCGGGUUACGAAAGUGGUGAUGAUUAUGUACCCGUGCAUGUAGCAAGACCCAGUUACCCGGGCUGUGGAGAGCAUUUCACGCGUUCCAAUCGCAUAGUUGGUGGGCAUUCGACUGGAUUCGGCUCACAUCCUUGGCAGGCUGCGUUGAUCAAGUCAGGGUUUCUGAGCAAGAAGCUCGCGUGUGGUGGCGCUCUUAUAUCUGAUCGAUGGGUCAUCACAGCAGCUCAUUGUGUCGCUACCACUCCAAAUUCCCAACUGCGCGUGCGACUCGGCGAAUGGGACGUACGUGACACGGGCGAACGAUAUUCACACGAAGAGUUCUCAGUCCAAAGGAAGGAAGUGCAUCCGGCAUAUGAGCCUGCUGACUUCAGGAACGAUGUGGCGUUGGUCCAAUUGGAUAGAGGCGUCGUGUUCAAACAACAUAUCUUACCCGUCUGUCUUCCACAAAAACAAAUGAAGCUAGUGGGCAAGAUGGCCACUGUCGCUGGAUGGGGAAGAACAAGACAUGGACAGAGUACUGUGCCAUCCGUGUUACAGGAGGUGGAUGUAGAAGUUAUACCAAAUGAGAGAUGUCAGCGAUGGUUCCGUGCUGCUGGCCGGCGGGAAACUAUUCAUGAUGUUUUUCUUUGUGCUGGAUACAAAGAGGGUGGCAGAGACUCUUGUCAAGGGGACUCCGGUGGACCUUUAACUAUGAAAUUCGAGGGGCGAAGUACCCUCAUUGGCUUAGUUUCUUGGGGCAUUGGCUGCGGUCGUGAGCACCUUCCCGGAGUGUACACUAAUAUACAGAAAUUUGUACCCUGGAUAGAUAAGCUUGUAAAUACAUAAAAUAAGCCGUGUCAGCAUUAUUGAUAGCUUUAUAAUGCAAUUUUCGUAAUUGUCAUAAUUGCGAAUCGAAAAAUACAUUGUAAUCUGAAAUUUCAAAUUAAAACUUUUUGUAAAGGUCCGUAUGUGAUAAUAAGGACUAAAUAAUAAUUAAAUUUGGUAUUUUUGAAGACAUUAUCAGGAGAUUAAUGGAUUUUAUAAAUUAAAUAUUAUGCUUAUUUAUUUCCUAGAUACAAUAUAGGAUGUUUCAUUUUUUAUAAAAGAUCUCGAAAAGAAACUUUGCGUGCGUAAUUUCAUUUAAUGAUAUUUGUAAAUAAAUAGAUAAGAAAUUUAAAACUACUGUAUUAUUAAAUUUAUAAUAAUCCUAAAUUAUUCUUAGGAUAUUACCA